AUGUCAAAUACAAAGGAAAGAACAUUUAUCUGCAUUAAACCCGAUGCUGUGCAACGCGGUUUAAUCGGAAAAAUUAUUGAACGUUUUGAACAACGAGGAUUCAAAUUAGUAGGAAUGAAAAUGGUGAAGGCUACAAAAGCCCAUUUAGAAAUUCACUAUCAAGAAUUGAAAGAAAAGCCAUUUUUCAAAGCAUUAGUAGAUUACAUGUCAUCUGGGCCAGUGGUUGCUAUGGUAUGGGAAGGUCUUGAUGUAAUAAAUCAAGGACGACAGAUGCUUGGUGCGACAAAUCCUCUUAAUUCUUUACCAGGAACAAUUCGAGGAGAUUUUUCCAUUCAAACAGGAAGAAACAUAGUACAUGGUUCAGAUUCAUUACCGUCUGCAGAACGUGAAAUCGCUCACUGGUUUAAACAAGAAGAAUUGUGCGACUGGAAUGUGAAUAAUGAAGUGUGGAUAUAUGAGUAA